CUCUGAGGUACUUUUAAGGAGAAAAUCGCCAACAGGGCCAUCCGUUUCGUACCACACGAGCACAUCAUUUGAUCUAUCCGUAUUUUCAUGCCACAGCACGCCACCAAACACGUAACUUUUUACCAAACCAUUCUCUUCCUUCAAUACUUCCCCUGCCACUCACCCCCCAGCAAAUGUCAAACAAGCACCUCAUCCCUUACUACACCACAAUGCUCAGCCUAUCACCACGUGAUAUGCAGCGAUUUGUUGAUAUAAUGGAUGAACCGUUGCCGUACGUUAUACGGGUGAGUAAAAGCACGCCUUAUUAUGAUGAUGCGGUUGAUAUGGUGGUUAAGAUGGGAUUUAGGAGAAUGUGUGAUAAUGUGUAUGAAUGGGUGGAACGAGGUGGUAUGAAGAAUGAGAUGGGGGAAAGGAAUGUGAUCGGUGCUGGUGAGAAGAGUAGAAGAAGUGUUGAGGAUGGAAGAGAGGGGGAGCAAAGGGAAGGUGAGAAAGAAGUGGGAACGGAGAAGGAGGAGGUAUUAAAUUUGGAGAAGGAAUUAAAUUUAGAGAAGGAAUUGGACCUGGAGAAAGAAUCAAAUUUGGAGAAGGAAUUAAAUUUGGAGAAGGAAUUGGACCUGGAGAAGGAAUUAAAUUUGGAGAAGGAGGGAGAAGGUGCGCAAAGUAGGAAGAAAGCAAAGAAAAAUGCACAGCAAUGCGCUGCAAAUCAUAUAAGCGAUGGUACUUCUGCACAAAAUGAUGAAAUAGCGCUCAUCAAAAAGUACCUAACCAUUCUAACAGACCUUAACAUCAUCACACGCCAAGAACUCGUAUCAAUCCUUCCAUCAUCGUUCAUAGUGACAUUGAAAAACCGCCGUACAAGCAUGCAUGUCCUUGAUCUAUGCGCAGCACCCGGCAGCAAAAGCACUCAUCUCCUUGAGAACGGUGUGACACUCACAGCCAACGAUUCAAACCUAAAACGGUGUUUUAUCGUUCAGCACCGAAGUGCGCACAUGCCAAAAUUGCUCACAAAUACGAACGGUCUGAACUUUCCGCGUCCUGUUGUGCCGUACGAUGCCGUGCUGGUCGAUGCGCCGUGCUCUGGUGAUGGCACGUUCAGGAAGAACAAGGUCAAGGUUUUCAGCAAGAACGUGCGUUUGAUGAGGGCGUUGGUGAUGAAGGCGAUGAGCAUGGUUGAUGGCGGGUACGUUGUUUACUCUACGUGCGCGGUUGAUCCCGUUGAGAAUGAAUGGGUGGUGCAGAGUUUAAGGGAUGUUUGCACGGUGGUUGGUGUUGAUGAGGUUGGGAAUGACAUGUUUGAGAUGGUGAGGAUGAAUUGUGGGAAUGAGGAGAGAAAUGGAAAUGAUGAGGGAGAUGGAAAUGAUGAGGGAGAUGGAAAUGAUGAGGGAGAUGGAAAUGAGGAGAGAAAUGGAAAUGAGGAGAGAAAUGGAAAUGAGGAGAGAAAUGGAAAUGAGGAGAGAAAUGGAAAUGAGGAGAGAAAUGGAAAUGAGGAGAGAAAUGGAAAUGAGGAGAGAGAUGGAAAUGAGGAGGGAGAUGGAAAUGAGGAGGGAGAUGGAAAUGAGGAGGGAGAUGGAAAUGAGGAGGGAGACAAUGAGAGAAAUAUUAAUGAUAAUAAAAAUGGAAAUAGUAAUAGAAUUGAAAAUGAAAAGGGAAAUAGAAAUGAAAAUGAAAAGGGAAAUGAAAAGGGAAAUGAAAAUGGCAGAUACGUGAACGGCAAGUACAAGAUAUUUUAUAGAGAGGGUCUUACAGAAUGGACAACAGAUACGGAGUACAAAUCGGAGAAUUACGAGGAAUUAAAGAAAUGCAUGCGGUUUUAUCCCCAGGACAAUAACAGCGGUGCAUUUUUUAUAGCAAUACUACGCCGGAGAGGAACAAAGGCUGGGAGCGAGGGAAAUAGCGGUACGGAUGGUGGUGCACAUAGAAAUGGUGGUGCAAGUGGCAGUGCACCAACCAUUCCAACACACGUUCCUGAUACGGUGCGUACGAUCCCUGCAUCCGAUGCAGUACCCAACAUCAGCGAGCUCACAAUAAACAAGGUAAAAUACUCCUCCGCUAACCCUGCACUCGUACAUUCUCUGCUAUCGCAGUACCACCUGUCCCUCAAGGGACAGUUCAUAACAACAGCAAACAACAACAGAAUAUACUACCUCGACAAUGACACGCACCUGAUCGUGGCAAAGAAGACAAACGUAGUAUCAAUCGGCAUACUGCUGUUCACCAAGGUAAGAGAUGACCAGUACAGAAUCAACAACCUGUGGUACUUCGGAAAGUACGUUGAGGAGUGCUGUGCUGUUGACGAGCGGGUGUUCAGGAGGAUGAUUGAUGGUGAACGGGUUGAUGAGGUACGUUUUAAAGGAUUUGGUGUUGUACGGCAUGGGCAAUGCUACUACUGUGUGUGUGCAGGAAGGGAGAGGAUUGAUGUGUACGUUAAGGAAAAGGAGAAGGAAGUAAUACGGGUGAUUAUGGGGGAUGAGAUGGUGUUGUAGAAGGAGUAUGAGGGUUUGGUGGUGAGGAAUGUUUUGGUAUUGGAGUUAGCGUUGUUGUUGGUUUGGUACGGGUGAGUAUGAGGGUUUGGUGGUGAGGAAUGUUUUGGUAUCGGUGUUAGCGUUGUUGUUGGUUUGGUACGGGUGAGUAUGA